GGACACUCCUGACUCCUGACUCCAUCUCCACUCGUCUGCAGAGCACAUGGACACCAGCUGCUGUUCUUUCCAGAUAGACUCGGAAGCCCGGCUUUGGAGUUAGAAUGCGUCCCGGUUCUUGACUCGUGUGGUUUUGUGCGUCCACCACCACAUGGAAAAGUGGGAGCAGACCAGUGGAUGGAAGAGCGAGCAGAAGAACGGAAGAGAAAGUUCAAGAAGACCAAAGCAGGAUAAACCAUCCUCCCUCUUGUCCAACCUGAGAUGGGCCACCUGCUGGGCCUGACCCUGGCCUACGUGGCCCACCUGGCGGCCUGCGUAUCGGCCUCAGAGCGCCAGCAGCACCAGGUGCAGCACGGCCCCUGCAGCUACACCUUCAUCCUCCCCGAGGUAGACCAUUGCCAGCCACAGAAGGACUAUGAGGUCUCCAACACUCUCCAGGGGGACUCCCCGGCCAAAAUCAAACCCGGUGUGAGUCAGUCCACUCACAAGUCCUCCUGGCGGGAGAGGAAACUGGAGAGUCUGGAGAGCGUCAUGGAGAAUAAUACCCAAUGGCUGCAGAAGCUGGAGAACUUCAUCCAGGAGAACGUUCGCUCCGGCGUGGAGGAAAUGAAAAGAGCGGCGGUGCACACUCACACCGCCGCCAUGCUGGAAAUGGGAAGCAACCUCCUCAGUCAGUCGGCGGAGCAAACUCGCAAACUGACCGACGUUGAGACUCAGGUAUUAAACCAGACAAGUCGCCUGGAGAUUCAGCUGCUGGAGUACACGCUUUUUACCAACCGCCUGGAGAAGCACAUUCUCCUGCAGACUCAGGAAAUCUCACGCCUCGGUGACAAAAACAGUGUUCUAGAAGAGAGGCUCGUGACGCUGGAGGCUCGCUAUGGGAUGGAGCUGCAGGGCUCGCAGAGAGAGAAGCAAGAGUUGCAGCAGUUGAUGCAAAGACAGAGUGGUCUGGUGGCUCAGCUCCAGGGCGAGCUGGGCAGUGCGGCUCUCAACAGCACCAAGCUGCAGAGACAACAGGCCGUGCUCACUGACACCGUGGGCCAGCUGCUGGCUUUGGUCAACCACUGCAAUGAAAUCUCCAAAGUGCCCAAGGAGGAGCCGCUGACUUUCAGGGACUGUUCAGAGAUUCUUCAGUCUGGACAAACAGCGAGUGGAAUAUAUGGCAUACACCUCCCCAACUCCACCCACUCUGUCAAGGUUUUCUGCGACAUGAAGACCAGAGGCGGUGGCUGGACCGUCCUGCAGCAUCGCAGAAAUGGCUCUGUGGACUUCCAUCGCGGGUGGAAGGACUACAAAUGGGGAUUUGGAGAACCUUCUGGGGAACACUGGCUGGGAAACGACAUCAUCCAUGAACUGACAAUAUCUGGAGAAUAUAGUCUCCAUGUUGGGCUGCAGGACAGAGAUGGCAACGAGGCGUACUCGCACUACGACCGCUUCUACAUCGACGGAGAGAACCGCAACUACAGUCUUCACGUGGAGGGCUUCAGCGGCACAGCCGGGCGGACCAACAGCAUGACUCACAGCGGCACCCAGUUCAGCACCAGGGACAGAGACAACGACCGCUGCACCUGCAAGUGUGCACAGCUCGCCUCCGGAGGUUGGUGGUUCGAAGCCUGUGGACCGUCCAACCUGAACGGUGUGUAUUACCCCGGCUCGUCCAACGUGGUGCGCUACAACGGCAUCAAGUGGUACUACUGGAAGGGUCCCAAUUUGAUGGCUACCAUGACAACCAUGAUGGUGCGGCCAGCAAACGUAUGAUCGGCUGCCUUUUUAAUGGAGACCCUUGUCACCGAAUAAAGGUAAUGGACAUUCCCACGAUACUGCAACUGCACAGAUACUCAAUGUGAGGACGGCAGGAGACGCUCCAAAAAACCUUCCAACAGAGAUUAAUGUACAUAAAUACCCAAAUAAUAGCUGUGCUUAAUAUGAAAAUGUCUAUAUUUAAACGGAAAUAAUCAAUUUUGGGGGGAAUUUUCUAUUAUAACACUAUGAUCAUUAUCAUGCCGGUAAAUAAUAAAGAGUUGUGCUCUACAGA